CCGGCUGGAGGCUGCGGGGCGGAGCGGGCUGUGCCGGGGGACGCGGCCGUGUGAGGCGGAGGCAGCCUCGCUCCGCCCCGGCCUGCGUCGCCCCCUUGCGCGAUCCCAGCCUCCGGAGGCGCACGGAGCCCGAUCUCGGGGCGCAGCGUCCCCCCGGCCGCCUCCGCCGCCGCUCCAGCCCCCUUCUUCGCCCAUGGGGACCCUCCCGGAGCGCGGCCACCCGCCCUCGCCCCGCGCCUGGUGACGCUGCCCCAUGGAUACCAGCCCCCCGACUCCGGACCCCGGGGGCCCGCGGAGGGACUUUGCGGCUUCUGACCAAGGACCCCCCUCUUUUGAGGGGCUUCUGGGGCGGCUGGGGGCUGGGGGGCGAAGGCAGCGCCUCCUCCUGGCCCUGACCUGCCUGCCAUGCCUCCUCCUGGGGCUCGGAGCCGGUUCGGACGCCCUCUUCACUCUGACGCCUCCGCGCCACUGCCGGGAUCCCAACAGCACCCGGUUCCCGGACAACGCAACCUGCUGGGACCCCCGCUGCCACAGCUGGGAAUACGGGGGCCUCCCGGCCCUCGCCAACAAUCCCGUGACCGAGUGGUCCCUGGACUGUUUCCGUGGAUGGAUUGUUCCCUUGGAGCAGCUCUGUUUCCUCCUGGGUUUUGCUGCAGGAGCGCUGCUACUGGGACACCUGGCAGACAGCGUGGGGCGGCGUGGGACCCUCCUCCUGGCCCUGGCCCUGGGUUGCCCUGCGGGCGUCUUGGCUGCCUUUGCCGCCUCGCCCUCCGUCUUCAUGUUGGGCCGUUGCCUCUGGGGGGCGAUGCUGGGGGGCAUGCAGCUCUCCCUCUACCUUAGCCGCUUGGAGCUGUGCUGUCCCCCCCAGCGGCUGCCCGUGACCAUGGCGGCAGACCUCCUCAUGGUGGGGGGGCACUUCCUUCUUCUGGGGCUGGCACUGGCGUGCGGAGGUUGGAGGGUCUUGCAGGGCGUCAUGGCGGCUGGGCUGGGCCUCUGCCUCCUCUAUGGGUGCCCUGGAUUGUACCCAGACUCACCCCGGUGGCUCUUGGCCACUCGACGGACAGCCCAAGCCAAGGAGAUUCUGAUAGCCCUGGCUCAGGGCAGUGGCAGCCAGGAGUCGGAGGCUCAGGAGGCGCUGGAAGAACUUGAUAAUGCCUGCCACCUCCCUGCUGCAGCCCAGAUUUCGUUCCGGGCCGUGCUGUCCUGCAGAAACAUCUGGAAGAAUGUUCUCAUCCUCGGUUUCACCACAUUCAUCGCCCACGCCAUCUGCCACUGUUACCUGCUGGCCUGGGAAUCCCUGGAGGAUCCACAGGCUAACUUCUACCUCUGCUACCUGCUGUCAUCCGGCAGUGCGGGCCUCGCCUGCCUCUUCCUGUGCCUGAGUGUGGACCGUUACGGACGCCGCGGGAUUCUCCUCCUCACCACCACGCUGGCUGGCAUCGCUUCGCUGAUCCUGCUGGGCCUGGGAGAGUAUCUCAACGAUGCUGCGCGGAGAACCUUCUCCAUCCUUGGCCUCUUCUCCUCCCACGCAGCUGGAUCCCUCAGCAUCUUCUUCGCCUCCGAGGUCAUCCCCACCGUGAUCAGGGGCAAGGGCCUGGGCCUGAUCCUGGCCGUGGCGUCCCUGGGCGGCCUGAGCGCCCCUCUGCUGCGGCUGCGAGAGCAGCACGGCUCUUUCCUGGAGCACAUCGUCCUGGCCUCCCUCAACAUCCUGGCUCUCCUCUGCCUGAUGCUGUUGCCCGAGAGCAAGCGGAAGGGGCUGCCUGAGGGCCUUCGCGACGGGGAACUCUACCGGAGGCCUUCGCUGCUACGCCGGGCCGGAGGAGGAGAGAGCCGGGACUCGGAAGGAGCCACCCGGCGGGACGACGUGCCUCUGCUGUCCACGCCGAACCCGGCCAGCUGAUGCAGCCUCUGCCGCCGCCGUACACACGCCCUGGCUGGAUCUGGACCUCCUGUGCCCGCUGCCUGGUUUGGGACUUCACUGAGGCCUCGCAAGGGCAGAAGAAGACAUUGCCAAGCGGCCUCCACAUUUUCCGGUUUCGUUCUGCGGCCUAGCAUGAGAAGCAGCAGCCGUAGAGCUGCCCUUUCCUCCGUGUCGCAGGGUGGGUGGAGGGUAAACCAUUAGCAGCGCUGAUCAUUUAUCUUUUUUCCUUUCUUUCGUUUAUAAGCCUACGAACUGGCUCGCCCCUGCUCCUCGCACACACGCAGUUCAGUUGGCGAUUCGGUGUGGCUCACCGGACAAGGCCCGGCCCAAGACCACACACACACCCCCUGACCAUGCAGGCUUUCGUGGUUGGGACGGCAAACCCUCACAAAACCAGACCGCUCUGUGUGCAAUAAUAAUAAGCUCCUAGGUACAGUAUUUCCAGAAAGCCAGGUCCUUUCUCCGAGUUCCCUGCCCCGAAACAGCAGCUGUCUGCCUUGAUCCCUCAUCUUGGCCGCUUCUGCAAAUGGAAAUUGACAGGUGAAGCUGUGUCCAAAUUGGAGAAUGGGGGACCAGGGAAAGCUACCCAGCGUGGCUGAGGAAACCCAGCCAGAUGGGCAGGGUACAAAUAAUAAAUUAUUAUUAUUAUUUCCCUGCCAGAUUUCUGGCAGUCAGGUGUUAAAAGGCCCAG